CAAGAGCUACUCAGAAUUAUGGAGAUCAAAAUGCCCUCUCUCCAACUAGAAGAUCUACGUGACAAGUUAUCUGCCCACCUUAGACCUUGGAACCGCUCCUUUCAGUUUUGGAUACGGGCGGCAGAUAUCUAUGCCGGUUACAAGGUCUUCCAAUUUCGAGUUAAUUUAGUGAAGGAUGUCAAGAAGACGGAGGCAAUGUGGGAAUCACAACAUGAACUUGCAGCCGAAAAGAUAUAUUCCAUGUGUUCUGAACUCGGUGGUUUUUUCCUUAAGGCUGCUCAGAUUAUAGGGAAGCCUGAUUUGGCACCCGCUGCUUGGGUGAGAAGGCUUGUUACAUUGUGUGAUAGAGCCCCUGCUACCCCUUUUGAUACGGUCCAGAUUGUGCUAGAGAAGGAAUUCGGUCAAACAGUUGCUGAAAUGUUUGAAAGGUUUGACAUAGAACCUCUUGGUUCUGCUUCGAUUGCGCAGGUUCAUAGAGCAAGACUAAGGGGUACUAAAAGUGAUGUUGCUGUCAAGGUCCAACAUCCUGGAGUUCAGGAUCUGAUGAUGACAGAUAUCCGUAAUCUGCAAGCUUUUGCUCUUUAUUUGCAGAAGAUGGAUAUUGAUUUUGAUCUUUUCUCUGUGACCAAGGAAAUGGAGAGACAGAUCGGAUUUGAAUUUGACUUUCUGAGGGAAUCGCAAGCUAUGGAGAAAAUACGAAGUUUUCUUUCUGUUAACAACAAAAAGGCUCCUGUUUUGGUGCCACGGGUGAUGCGGGACAUGGUGACAAGGAGAGCUUUGGUGAUGGAGUUUGUAGAUGGAAUCCCAAUCCUGAAUCUUGGAGAUGAAAUGGCUAAAAGAGGAAUCAACCCUGGUGGUAAGAUGGCAGCAGUAGCAAAGCAGAACAUUCUUAGAAGUUUGACGUUAGCAUAUGGUCAAAUGAUCUUGAAGAGUGGUUUCUUCCAUGCAGACCCUCAUCCUGGAAAUAUCCUCAUCUGUAAGGGUUCAGAGGUUGCUUUGCUAGACUAUGGUCAAGUGAAGGAUCUCCCAGAAAACUUGAGGCUUGGAUAUGCUAAUCUCAUUCUUGCAAUUGCUGAUAGCGACCUUUUAAGGGUCUCCCAAAGUUACAGGAAGCUUGGCAUAAUUACCUUAAGCUCAUGUAAGGAUGAGCAAAGAGAAAUGCUGAAGUUAGCUCAAACAAUGUUUGACACAAAACUGCCUCCUGGCGUUACAAUGUUGCAACCCUUUUCAGAAGAAUCUUCAAUCAAAAAAAUUGCUGUUCAGACUUUUCCAGAGGAACUAUUUUCUGUUCUCCGCACAGUGCAUUUGUUGAGAGGACUCAGUGCUGGUCUUGGCAUCAAUUACUCCUGUGCAGAACAAUGGAGACCUAUUGCAGAAGAAGCACUAUAUGCUGCUGGAAGACUAAAAGACGAAGAUCUAGAGAGAAAAGUACAAAAGCGUGGAUUCUUUGAAAGAAUAUUUCGGAGAGGGUGACUAGAUAUACUGAUCAAGCUUUCUGAUUUUCUUUCUUUUUCCAACCACCUCCUUUCCAGCGCAAAGAAAAACAAAGGUCUUUUCUGUGCAUGUAAUUUGAUGUAUUUAUUUUACAAAUAUCAACUAUAUCAGAGGAA